AUGGCGGAGAACGGUUGGUUCUCUCUCUGGUCCUUCUGUUAUAAUUCACUAGCAGAAGGCGAACCCUUCCGAUUUGUUUUGUUGCCGGGGAGAUUACAGGUUCGUUCGCCUCGGAGUACCUUGCUGUUGCGGUGGAGGCAGCAAAAAGCGCCGGUGAGGUGAGCGGAGAUGCUUCCUUCCUUCUUUUUCUUCUUUUUCUUACGUUCUCGGACCUAGUUGUUCCACAUUUUCAUGUAAUGAACGCAUCAGAAACUAGUUUUCUUUCGCACCCUUUUGAAGAUUGUGCUAAUUUCCUCUAUCCCCUAUCAAAUUCGGUGAUUCGCAGAUAAUUCGAAGUGGGUUCUACCAGACCAAAAAUGUCGAGCACAAGGGCCAGGUUUUUUAUCUUAUAUUCUCACCCAAGAAUAGCAUUCUUUUCUAAGUUAAAAAUGCGAUAUUGGUUGGAUGGUAUACUUGUUCCUGCGCAGCUUCUAUCCAAUAUAUAGAUUUCUAAUUAGAGUUUUUUUGUUAAAGAAUUCAGCCUAUGGUCUGGCUUUCUCGGAGAUAGAUUUGUUAAUCUUUUUCUCAGUAAUGGCCUAUGUUCUUCUUUCGUGAAUGGAGGUUUUAUCUUUUUUUCCUUAAUUUUAAUUUUGUGGCUCUAAUGUUCCCAAACAGACAUUUCUAACUUGAUUGAGAGAGAGAGAGAGAGAGAGAGAGAGAGAGAGAGAGAGAGAGAGAGAGAGAGAGAGAGAGGCUUCCUGGUUUUCGUGAUGACUGAACCUGUGCAUCGUCGUCGAGGUAGCAAAAAUGUUGUGCAGAAGAUUUUUUUCAAGAAUUCACUUGUCAUAUUCUUGUACAUUCCUCGUGGACAUCAUGAAAAUGUUGCAUAAAUGAGUUUCUUUCAGUAAACCUUUUGACUCCUCUCUCUCUCUCUCUCUCUCUCUCUCUCUCUCUCUCUCUCUCUCUUUCCCUCUCUCAGGAAUAUCAUAACGAUUUCCAUAACUGGUUUUUGUCAAAAACUUACUGAUUAUGUGCUUCUAUAUGCUCUCUCUCUGUAAUAUAUAACACGGUAACACGGGUAAGUCGGCCUCCUAUCAAAAAAAGGGUUGCAUCUUUGCAUGAACCCUAUAUUUUCCUCAUUUUUUUCAUCGACUAUCACCACGAACUUAUCUCACGCUGAACCUUGCAAAACAAAACGUUCUUAGCGCAAUGGGAGUAAUCAUGGUGGCGUUUUUUAUGCAAUUAAGGUGGAUUUGGUGACCGAAACUGACAAGGCAUGCGAAGAUCACAUAUUCAACUACCUCAAGAAGCAUUUCCCCGACCACAAGGUGACUUCCUAUGCCCUCCCAAACAUCUCCUCCUUUCUCCAUCAUCAAAGGUGCGAUCGUUCGUCUCUGCAAACGAGACUAUUCUGAUUUCAGUCAUGUUCCUUCCUCAGCUUAUAGGCGAGGAGACUUCUGCUGCAAACGGAACUGCUGAGCUGACCGAUGAUCCCACAUGGAUUGUCGACCCCCUCGAUGGAACCACCAACUUCGUUCACGGGUAGGUGAAACCGUCUUCAAUUUUCUCACUGAUUACCCUUCUAAUGUGGCUCUGGUAUCAAUGCUAGGUUCCCUUUUGUGUGCGUGUCUAUUGGGCUUACAAUAGGAAAGGUUCCUACAGUGGGGGUUGUAUACAAUCCCAUUAUAAACGAGGUGAGAAUGGGCAUGUAUUCUUGUGGAUGGUGCUGAUCCGCAUAGCUGAGAUGCAUUGAUGUAUAUUUCUUUAUUAUUUUGUUCUUUCUUGUGGUUUUAUUAACCGAGCAAUUGCGCAAUAUGGGUUAACCAGAUAUUGACGUAUCGGCCCUUCAGGCCUUUUGUUACUAUCCGAAUCGUCGGACUAUGCAUCUGAUUCAUCUGUCUAUGAUUCCAGAUGUUUACAGGUAUUCGUGGGCAGGGAGCUUUUCUUAAUGGAAACCCUAUAAAAGGUGAGAAAUCUCAUAAAUCUCCCUCUCACUGCAGAAUACUUGGUCGUAUUUGUGCAUAUAUAUGCAUACUUGAGCCCAUAGAACUUGGGAACCCGUUUUAUAGAAAGGAGAAAAAUGUGCGUUUGUUGAAAGAAUUACCUGACUGAUGUUCUCGUAUAAUCUUGGAAUUUCUUCAGUUUCACCUCAAUCUGAGUUGAUGAAGUCCCUUCUUGCUACUGAGGUAACAUUCCUCAUUCUGAUUUUUUUCCCGUGUGCCUCAAAUUGGUGUAAUCAGAUAGCCAGCUUUAAACAUCAUGAUUUGUAGAUUUAUAUUCAUAGGUUGGAGAUGUCGAAUAGGGAAUUCUAUGAUUCAUCUCUCUCUCUCUCUCUCUCUCUCUCUCUCUCGACGAAUUUCUUAAAUCUUACGAAAGAACAAAGUGCCAUUUAAAUGCACGUACAUAAACGAAUCGUGCUGAAUUUUGUGAAAGAAAGCAGCUGUUUGAUGAAUCACCCCUUACCUGAUCAGGUAGGAACCAAGCGCGAUAAGUUGACUGUGGGUGCUACCACUAAUAGAAUCAACAGCUUGCUGUUCAAGGUAAGUUAAGUCUAGUCUCCAGGACAAAGACCAUCCAUUUUUGGAAAAAAAUCUGCCAACACUGACCCCCCUGAUCCACCCCACCCCCCCUUCACCCCCUGCGGAUUUCUCUCAGGUGAGAUCCCUCCGGAUGAGCGGCUCUUGCGCGCUGAAUCUCUGCGGCAUUGCCUGUGGCAGGAUCGAUCUAUUCUAUGAGCUCGGGUUCGGCGGCCCCUGGUUCAUCCUUGAGACCCGACUUCUGUCAGCUUGAUGAGAUCGAUCAACCCAGAAAUUGGUUAUGAUCAGUACCUGUUUUUUCAGGGAUGUUGCGGGCGGGGUUGUCAUCGUCCAAGAGGCCGGCGGCGUUGUGUUCGAUCCGUAAGUCAUCGCAAAAACCCUAGAGACCUUCAGUUUUUGGGAGAAAAUAUUGGGUGGUUUUGAGGAGGUCAACUUCUUGCUCACUCACCAGAUCAGGGGGGGACUUCGACCUCAUGUCCCAGAAGGUGGCGGCUUCAAAUACCCACCUGAAGAAUCUGUUCAUAGAUGCAUUGAAGGAAGCUGAGGAGACGAACCCGUGA